UAACAAAAGUAAGUUUCAGUUCCUAACAGACAGCAGCUUGGAAAGGCAGAAAAAACUAAAACGACCUCCUUUUAUUCUGUUGUUGUUCACUGUUCUUCUUCUCAACUUGCUCUGAGAGAAACAGCGUCAGUUCGAUGCAUUGGUGACUACAAUGGCCGAUUCUGAGAAAUUGACGGCUUUGAAGAAGGCUUAUGCCGAAAUAAUUCUGAACACGGCCAAAGAGGCGGCGGCGAGGAUAAUGGUGUCGGAGAGAAAGGCUCUCCGGUAUCAGCAGGAGCUGUUCGCGGCGAAAGAUGAGGCGUUGCGUAUGUUGCUUAGGUUGAAACAGAUGUUGGAUGCGAAGGUUAAUGAAGCAGAGAUGAUAUCCUUGAAUCAACAGAAAAGAAUUGAAGAGCUUGAAGCACAACUGGGGGAAGCUGAGGAUAUAGUUAGAGAUCUUAGAACAGAAUUGAGAGAAGCACAGGAUGAGUUGGAGAAGCUGACAAAAGACAGAGUGCAGUGUUUGGGCAAACAAAAGUCAAAAUAUGAUCUUGCUGCUUCUGUAGAGAUAUCUCAGGAAAAUGGAAUCAACAAUUUUGGGUCUGCCAGAUCUUCUUCACCUGAUGCGGAAAAUGAUUUUGUGACAGUUUCUGACAUCAAGAAUUCAGUUCUGAACGGAACAUAUGUGGGUAAUAAGUGUUCUUGUACUGAUAAUUGCUAUGUUUGUAACCCUGAUUUUGCCUCCAUAGUAAUGAGACGCAAAGAACCUGACCUGUAUAGAAAUGGGUGCACUCAGAGGAUUCGUGCACUUGAAAGGAUUUGUGCAAAGAAUGAAAAAACUAGAGAAGGUGAAGAAAGUAGAGAUAUGCAUACAAAACUUUCGCUGAGAGCUGACAUGCGUAGACCAGAGGAAAAAACAGAUGAGUUGAAAGUGAUGCAAAGUGAUGCAUACAACAUUAUCCAAGUUCUUCCUCUUAGUCCUUUUCACAGGAAAAGGAAAAGAGCUGCUAGAUAUAAGAAAAAUAAAGUGCCCUCAUCCAUGAAUAUUUCUGAUCAGGUUGUAGCAACGUGUCAAGAAUCUGAUAUAUUUUGCUCCGAAAGUUUUUCACUUGCUGUUGCUGAUAAUGCUCAAUCUGGGGAAAAUUCUAGGAUCUUUGAACAUGAUGCUCAGAAGGGUCUUCAUUCUCCUUCAAUCCCUAGAUCACCUUCAGAUGCAGCUAAAGGAAUUACUCAAUCAAGACAUGAAGAUGUUGGAAAGGAUGAUGUGGAGUUUGUAAAAGCUUGUGAUUUCCAGAAUGACAAAAACAAUGAUAAAUUGCUGACAGACAAAAAGGAGCUGACAAGACAGGAAAGUGGAUCUGCUAACAAUUCAGGGGUUCCAUCUUGCAAAAUGGAGCUUGAGAUGGUUGGCAUGUCUGCAGUAAACUUGGAUGUUAAAGUGUCUGAAAUAACUGAAGGGUCUUCUACUCAACCUGUAAAUAAUAAGUUUCUCAUGUACACGUUUAAAAGAAAGCGGAAGAAGGAGUUGAUGAGCAGCCCUGAUAGAGAUUCCUCACUUGAUGAUGGCAUUUCACCGAGGAAUACAGAGGAGAAACAAAACGGCUUGCUAGACGCAGAAAAGUCCACAUUGUUAACUGAAUCAUCUCGAGACAGCCGGCGCCUAGCACAGGUUGCUCAUCAGCUCAUAUCAUUAUCAGAAAAGAAGUGGCUGUUGUAGAUGUGGCUGGUUGGUGCAUUCAUUGGAGGAUGCUGAACUGAAGCAGCAAAUUGAAGCAGUCCCACUUAGGGUAUAGAUGUUGAACCAGUGUUUUAGUAAAGAAUGGGCAUAAGAAGAUAGAUGGUUCAACUAGGAAGAGCUAUAGGUGUUGGAUUAAUUAUAAUGGUCAUUAUAUCCUUCAAGUCAUCAACAUGCUGUAUGUCUUUAGUGCUGUUUUGGUCUCAUUACUAUAUUUAAAAUAUGUGAAGAUUUAACUGUUUUGAAUUGGCUUUAGUAAAAUGAUCAAAUUUGCAAUUUUUGCUCA